GCAAAUCUGUGGAGAAAGUCAGUCGACAACUAAGCAAAAUUUAAGUCUUUCACGACAUUCUGUGUGCGUGUAUCAGAGGUUUCGAAUGUUCCAUAACAUACGCCGCGUAACAUUCAACAGUGCGCCUUCUACUAAGAAUAACGAAAGACAUGUUCUGCUCCGACAAGAAACUGGGCCCUUCCAGCGUCAUCUUCAUAUUAGCGUCCUUCGUCUGCUGCUGUGAUAGCAGAGCAACUAUCGAGAAGCGUCAGGUGAUAUACGGAGGCCACGUGUCUCUGGCGGUCCAAAGACCACGCGACCAGGAGAGAAAAGGUCAGGAUCUGAGCAAGGUGCCUGGCAGGGCGGGGGUCGAUUACCCAAUUUUCCAUUCUGUGCCAGCGACCAACUUCCACUGUGGCAAUGUACCAGCCGUGCCCGGCAUAUACGCCAAUGUAGAGACCGGAUGUCAAGCUUACCACGUCUGUCACGACGGGCGAGAGGGACACCAAGGGGCAACGUUCCUCUGUUCCAACGGAACGCUGUUCAACCAGCAGGAGUUCACGUGCGACUGGUGGUACAACGUGAACUGCGCCGAGGCACAGACGCACUACAGCUUGAAUCUGGACCCGCUGAAGAACCCGUACGCGCCGAAACCGAAGCCGGAAGAAUCAGUCCUACAGCCAUACGAAGAACAACAGUACUCCUACGGCCGGAAGUAGUCGACAAUUACAAAAUACAAGAACUUCAUCGACAGAAGAACUGGGCGUACAUCACCGCACUAUUAUCCAAUAAUUAUUUAUAAUUCACUUAAACGCAACAUUCAGUCACACUCACAAUGCAACAGCACAACGCGUUAUUAUUUUUUUUUAAUUUAAAUGCUAAUUUAUCAUCUGCAGACAAGGUUCAGAUUUAAAUAAAUAUCGAAGAAAAACUCCACACA